AUGACUAAUACUCCAUCCACAAGCCAUCUCACAGAACUGCCAGAAUUGCCCGAUGAAAUCAUAUGGCAGAUCCUUGUGAGGUGUGAGCCCAAGACUGCAAGUAGAUGUAAGGUUCUAAAUUCAGUCUGGAAUCAAUCAAUAUCAUCACCUGAGUUUGCCAAACAAAGCACUACUCAUAAUGCUCACAACAAUACGAUCAUUGUCCUACAGUUCGGGUAUCCUAACUUCAUACAACUUAUUAAUUGGAUCAGCAUGUUAUAUGCAGAAUCCGGAGUGCCACUUGAUGCUCAACUCCCAAUACAGGGGCCUCAUAUCUUUGAUUGGUCCAUCAUUGGUUCUGACAAGGGUCUUAUUGCCAUCAACUACAGCACUGAUGGUGUUGGCUCUGAUUUUCUCAUAUGGAAUCCUUUAACUGGUGCACAAAGGCAUAUAGCUGAUCCUUUUGGGAGGGAUAUACAAAUGGAUACAAACAACUUUGGUUUCACAUAUGAUCUAGACUCACAGGCCUACUAUAUUUGCCAUGUCUACAAGAACACAAACAUUGAUCACGAGCUCAAUUGGCGAGUCUAUAACUCCAUCGAUGAUCUUUGGGAGGAUGGCUCUCUUGAUCAACAUAGUAUCCAAAAGCUUGGGCCGACAACUUUGAUGUACAAGGGACAUGCAGUAUGGAUUAACUGGGUUGGUCCAUCAUUCAAUACCCCUCAUUCAAUUGUGAUGUUCAAUUUGAAGUACAGGACUAUAGAGAGGUUUAGAAUUCCAAGUAUUGCCAAGAACCAACUGAAUUAUAUAACAUUAUUUAGAGGUUAUUUGUGCUAUGUAUCUUAUGCCACUGGACUCCCUAAUUCCUCGCUGACGCUGUGGAAGGUAAAUCCUGAAGAAGGUUCCAUUGGUUUAUGGGAGAGGCAUUUACAGAUUCGCGGGAUUAGCAUUGGUGACAAGCCAGAUUUAUUUCUUGGUAAUAAUGUUUUGUUGCUUCAUGAGCAUAGUGGAAAUCUCAUGAGAGCCAAUGAUAGAAAGACCACAGAAGUUGUUCUUACUACCCUAAAUAUAUAUACAGAAGAAUUAAAGCACAUCUUCUAUAGGCAUUGGCAUGAAGAGGUUCAUCUGAAUUCUCUAAUAGUGCAUAAUCAUGGCCUACUUACUCCAUAA